GAGAACCUCAGCAUGGCCUUUCAGUACCCGGCGGCCCGCAGAGAUGAGAGCCAGGUGGACGACUACCACGGGACCAAGAUCUGCGACCCCUACCAUUGGCUGGAGGACCCCGACGGUGCAGAAACCAUGGCUUUUGUCGAAGCGCAGAACAACCUGACCAUGCCCUACCUGGAGAAGUGCGCCGUCCGGCCUCAGUUCCACCAGCGACUCACCGAGCUCUACGACUAUCCCAAAUACAGCUGCCCUUACAAAAGAGGAAAGAGGUAUUUCUACUUUCACAACAAAGGCCUCCAGAACCAGGAUGUUCUGUACGUUCAGGACUCUCUGGACGCUCCUGCGACCGUGUUCUUCGAUCCGAACAAACUGUCCGAAGACGGCACCGUGGCGCUGAAGAUGGGCCGCCUGUCGGAGGAGUGCGAGUACUUUGCGUACGGUUUGAGCAGCAGCGGGUCCGACUGGGUGACGAUUCGCUUCAUGAAGGCCGACGACCUGACCCCGCUGUCCGACGUGCUGGAGAGGGUUAAGUUCAGCUGCCUGGCCUGGACUCACGACGCCAAGGGCGUCUUCUACAACUGCUACCCACGCCAGGAGGGAAAGACCGACGGCACAGAAACAACCUCCAACGUCAACCAGAAGCUCUACUACCACGUCAUCGGCACCGAGCAGUCCCAGGACGUUCUGGUCGCAGAGUUUCCUGAACAUCCCAAGUGGCACAGCUCAGCAACCAUAUCGGACGAUGGCAGAUUUGCCGUUUUGUCCAUCACUGAGGGCUGUGAGCCCGUAAACCAGCUGUGGUACUGCGACCUGCAGCAGCUCCCCGACGGCAUCAAAGGUCUGCUGCCGUGGGUCAAGCUCGUGGACAACUUCGACGCCCAGUACUCCUACGUGACCAACGAAGGAACGGUCUUCACGUUCCGCUCCAACCUGGACGCCCCUCGGUACCGCCUGAUCAACAUCGACCUCCAGAAACCGGAGCGGCACAACUGGACCACCCUGAUACCGCAGCACGACAAGGACGUCCUGGGCUUCGUGUCCUGCGUGAACCAGCAGCACCUGCUGGUGAACUUCGUGCACGACGUGAAGGACAUCCUGCAGAUCUACGAGCUGUCGAGCGGCCGGCUGGUCCGAGACCUGCCGCUGGACGUGGGCACGGUGGCCGGAGUGAGCUGCAAGAAGAAGCACUCGGACUUCUUCUACAAGUUCACGUCCUUCACCACACCAGGCAUCAUCUAUUACUGCGACCUGAGCGAGCCGAACCCAGAACCCAGAGUCUUCAGGGAGGUGGAGGUCAAAGGCAUCCGGCAGGACGACUACCAGACCAGCCAGGUUUUCUAUCCCAGUAAAGACGGGACUCAGAUCCCCAUGUUCCUGGUUCACGCUAAAGGCCUGCAGAAGGACGGGACUCAUCCGGUGUUCCUGUACGGAUACGGAGGCUUCGAGGCGUCCAUACAGCCGUACUACAAUGUGGCCUACCUGCUGUUUGUGAGACACCUGGGAGGGAUCCUGGCCGUGGCCAACAUCCGAGGAGGCGGCGAGUACGGCCUCACCUGGCACAAAGGAGGAACUUUAGGGAACAAACAGAACUGUUUCGACGACUUCCAGUGUGCAGCCGAGUUCCUGAUCCAGGAGAAGUUCACGACGGCCGACCGCAUCGCCAUCAACGGGGCGUCCAACGGAGGCCUGCUGGUCGCCGCCUGCACGAACCAGCGUCCGGACCUGUUCGGUUGCGUCGUGGCGGAAGUCGGCGUGAUGGACAUGCUGAAGUUCCACAAGUUCACCAUCGGACACGCCUGGACCACCGACUACGGCUGCUCCGACGACGCCGAGCAGUUCAAGUGGCUCAUCAAGUAGGAAAAGAUCCCACAGCUGAUGAAUAGAACACAACCACAGAAAAAUACGACUAAGUACCCGGCCGUGUUGCUGCUGACGGCGGACCACGACGACCGCGUGGUUCCUCUGCACACCCUGAAGUUCUGCGCCGCCCUGCAGUACGGUGUCGGCAGCGCCGCGGCGCAGCGGCAGCCGCUGAUGGUCCGAGUGGACACUCGCAGCGGACAUGGCUCUGGGAAGCCCACCGCCAAGGCCAUCCUGGAGGACACUCACAUCUUCUCCUUCAUUGCCGAGACCCUGGGCCUCAGCUGGAAGGAGUGAGGACCCGACGGGAGGAGAUAAGGAGGCUUUUUAACGCAUGAGUGGGUUCUUGUUUUUAUGUCUCGGAGAGAAAACUUGUAGAAAUAAGAAUAGUUAGGAAAAAAAAGUCUGUCAAAUGGUGUGAUGUAAGGAAUGAAUUAAAAAGUGCUGCUUUUGUAAACAGCUCGAUAUCACCUUCACUAAUCAAAUGCACGUAAAGAUUUUUUUUAUUUUUAUGUAAUCUCUAAUUUUGUAAUUGAAUCUGACUAAAGAAUUUCAAAAUAAAAUGUGUCUUCAGUGUCA